GAGAGACAGAGUCUGUCGGGCGGAGGAGCGGAUGGACGCGCAGAGCUGCGGGCGGAACAGCAGUCAGUGCCCUCGGCACCAACAAGUGAGACACCGUUCAUGUUUUUAUGUCCCUCGGAGAUUUAACAACUUCCCCGCGUGCCGCUCUUCACUCUUUAUCCCCUCGCGCGAAGGUGGACGCGUCGGGCACGCGCACGGGACUUUUCUUAUUUUGAAGAAGUGUUGAUGAAAUACUGUUUUUUCAAGAGCGGUUUUUACAUGUGCCGUGAUGUGAAAAAACUACUGCUGCCACAUCGACGAUGUAUCCAUCUUGGUACUACAGAUGUGAAACUGGAUUAAAAAGUAUAUUUGGAUAAAACUCUUACCCGGCACCGCUCUGAGCACCGAGGCACCACAAUAAACCUGAGACUACGGUUCCAGGCAGAAAUACGCUAAGUGGAACUAUGAUUGCGUUGGCCUGACGGGAGCAGUGGGAGGUCGCUGCUGAAUAUGCCGGACUUGGCGGGGCCAGAUAUGCCCUGGAAAUUAUCCAUCCUCGAUGGCUUUGGCAACUUAUGGGGCUUGCUCUUGGGAGUGUUCAUAGCAGGUGCACCAGUGACGGCUUGUCCUACGAGGUGUCACUGUAUAGAGAAGAGUGGCAUGACUGUGGUCCAGUGUAUGUCUCGCAACUUGGAGAGCAUCCCACCAGAUCUUCCAAGAGAUACCGUCGUCCUACUUUUGGCAUCCAACCACAUCACCCACAUCCCCAACUAUGCCUUCAAAGAACUGCACUACCUUCAGGAGCUGGACCUGUCUAAUAAUGACAUAGAAACGGUGGAUCUCGGGGCUUUUCAAGGCGUUUCUGACAGCCUCCUCGUCCUAGAUCUGUCAAACAAUCGCAUCCAAAGUGUUCCUAAAGAGGCAUUUGCGCGUCUGCGGGCGAAAAUCAGCCUCUCGAACAACCCAUGGCACUGCGAGUGCACCCUGCAGGAGGUCCUGAGGGAACUGCGGCUGGACCCCGAGACUGUGAAUGAGGUGAUCUGCCACACGGCGGUGCAGGAAGAGUACGCAGGCAAGCCGGUUAUCCAGGUGUUGGACUCAGGGAUCAACUUCUGCAACUUCCACCACAAGACCACGGACGUAGCCAUGUUCGUCACCAUGUUCGGGUGGUUCACCAUGGUGAUUGCGUACGUCAUCUACUACGUGAGACACAACCAGGAGGACGCCAGGAGGCACCUGGAGUACCUCAAGUCACUGCCGAGCAGCUCGCAGAUAAGCAAGGACUUUGACACCAUCAGCACUGUUCUCUAGGGGGGCUGUGUGUGUGCUGGUGGGUGUAAUAUGUGAGUGAAUGAGUGGUUAACACCAGUGAUCAAGCACACUAUGCUGAGGUCUUUCAGUGACUGAGAUAGGUCUUUGGGUUUUCCAGGCCCCAUAAAUAAAUAGAUGUAUAUUUUUUUUCAUUACAAAAAUAGGUGUUUUAUUAAGAUACGAGUUAAUCUGACAAAGAGAUAGCACAAACUAAACAAAAUACUCACAUUUACAUCAUAGAUCUGGACCGGAGAGAUGUUCACAUGCUGGUGCGAUCCACAGUGUGAUUGAGUUUGAGUAGAACAACCUUUUCCCUCGGUUACUUUUUAUCAAUCGAUUUAUGUUCUUCCAAUCCAGGUAAAAAAAAGGCCUUUUUCUGAGACCUUGGCUAACAUAUGAAAUCGGGCAAGGUGUUAAUGGUAAUGGUAAAUGGUAAAUUCAGUGUGCAUAAGGCAAUUGUAACAGCCCUAUCCCCUUUUAACCUUACACAGUAAAGGACUGACCCAGGAAAUAAGGCUACUAUGUGCAAAUUCUGCAUUGUGUCAUGUUUAAGACACAAAUCUAUUUAAACUAGGAUGCUGCCAUAAUUUACCAGUUCUGAUGCGUCUUUGGUACAGGGCCACGUCAUUACCAGCAAAUGUUCCUGAAUUGAAGGCUCUCCGUGAAAUGUCUUUCAGGGUGACAGGCUGGUUAUUGCUGGUAAUUGUUUAAUGUAUAAUGUGGUGAUGUUGUGAGUUGUGUUUUUGUCUCCGCUACUGACUGAGAAACAGCCUUUAAAUGCAUCCGUGAAAGUCAAACUAGUCGACAGAAAAAACCAAAUGCGUUGUACAGUAGGUAUAGCAACACUAUACGUUUAUCAGGCCCCCUACGAGGACUUAUGCAGACUUUGACCAGAAAUAGAAUUGUGGUACGUCAAAACCAAACAUAAUUUGGGAGAAAUACAAGUUACCUCAAAACAUAAUCUACAGUCCACUUUCAUAUACAGUAUUGCAAUGUAAUAAAAACACAUGUGAACACCUCAAAACCUCGCAAAGAAGCUGUUUACGGGGGCAGAGGAGCUCAGGCACACACCUCACAAAUCACAUUCAUAUGGAACUGAACAUCAAAACGUUGGUUGACUAAACCGAGGUCACUAGGUGGGUUCGAAACAGAGAUUAAUGAAACGCAACGCAAGCCUUGCAAAUGUGUCCCAAUAACCCCGGUUCAUGCUCGCCGACACGUAUGUUGUUACUAAAUGAAUAUGAAUGAGCAUGACAGAGAUGUAAUAGGGCUCAGUGAAAUAUAACUCUCUACUCUCCCCUUUCACAUUACAGCCUCCUGGUUCAAUAUUAAAGCCCUAUACGAUGACCUGACAACGUAAUAGUCUACUGGCAGGACGCUGAGACAUUGCAAUCACAGACUGUUGUGAAUUUCAUAAUUUUUUAAGAAAAUCCGUCCGUCUAUAUACAGUAUAUGAUGACCAUAUACCAUAUAUGUAUCUUUUCUUUGUAUCUUUCUUAGAACCAUAGUUAAUUUCACUGUUGAUUAUUUGGAAACAGUAUAGUGAUGAGUGAAUUUGGUUGGAAAGCUUCUCCUCGUUAUACCCAAAACAGACCCCCAUAGUUCCGAAGGACCGAGGCUUUGAAAACACAUACACUGUGCACUGGAACCGAAGCACAAAGCUACUUAUCGUGUCUACAAACCUUACCACUUUUGUAUUUUAUAUGUUUUAUUAGAUAUAGGAGUCAGUUAGAACACAGGGAAAAUAAUAAUAAGUCAUCACAAAGAAUUGUUGUAUGCAGUAAUUUUUAAUGCAGCUUUGUCCUGGUAUACUUUUAAAAGCAAUCUUGGGGUCCACAAUGAUUGUGUGUGAAUGUAUGUAUGUUGGAUGUCAAUGUUUAGAAGUGCUAAACGCCACAUGAUUUCCCCCCCAAAAAAACAUCAAGAACGAGGGCCAGAAGUCAAAAGGCAGAAAAGUCUUUGAAAGUUACGAGCUGUUCUGCGAUUCACAAACCCUGAUACGUCUCCUUGUGUGGGUAUUCCCACUCAUCUCAUAGUCUAACUAGGUUCAAAUAAACUAUUAUUUGUUUUUAGUGUUGCAUAUUGUAUUUGCAUAAGUAAAGUCGUCUUUUGUACUUCUGUAGGUCUAUUUGUUACAGUGCCAAGCUUUCUGUGCAGAUAUUAACUGUCUUAUGAAAAUGUGCUGCCCGAUGUGUACACAACAUCUACAAUAUAAAAGGGUCGCGCAUGCCAUCCGUAAAUCUGUCUUUAGCUAAACCCAUGUCAAAAGUCUAAGAGUCUUUCUAUGUCUGAUCUGUAGAAGAAUUAGUCUAUGAGCUGUGUAUUUCUGUGAUGGAAAUGGAGGGGCUUCAAAGAUUUUUUAUCGGUUUGUUUCUACGUGUGUGUUUUAUUUUAUGUCAAUGAACACCUUACCAGCAUUUGAAAAUAAAAAAAAUAUUUUAUUAAGACAACA